CAUCCUUCAUCCUUCAUCAAUUUCUCCUCUCCUUUUCUCUCGUUACUGCUUAAGCUUUCGAAGAUGGGACUUGCUCGCAAUGUCGUUGGCAUUAUUGGGAAUGUCAUCUCCUUCGGCCUCUUCCUCUCGCCAGUGCCAACUUUUUUCCGAAUUUAUAAGAACAAGGCAGUUGAGGAGUUUCAGCCAUACCCCUAUUUGUGCACAGUUCUGAACUGUAUUUUCUGGAUGUUUUAUGGUCUUCCCAUUGUUAAAAAGGACAACAUUCUAGUCUUGACCAUCAACAGCGUUGGCCUUGUCAUUGAGUUGCUCUACUUAACCGUAUACGUGGUUUAUGCUAAUGAUCGGAAGAAAAGGCUUCGUGUUGCUCAUAUCCUUUUGGCUGAAGCAGCUUUGACAGUAGCCGUUGUUCUCAUUGCAAUGCUCUGCUUCGAUAAACACAGAUCUCUUUUCGUUGGAAUUAUAGCUGAUGUUUUUAACAUCAUUAUGUAUGCUGCGCCUCUAGGCAUCUGGAAAAAAGUUAUCACUACAAAAAGUGUGGAGUAUAUGCCAUUCUGGCUCUCAGUCGCAGGCUUAUCUAAUGGCAUCUGUUGGACCAUCUAUGGCCUCAUACCAUUUGAUCUCUUCCUCCUGGUAAGCAAUGGGCUAGGAGCAAUAUUUGGUGUGAUUCAGCUCGGUUUAUAUUGUUACUUUUACUUCUAUGGAGAGAAGAAUAGUAAAGAGGGAGCAAAGAAGCAAUCAGAGGUUCAGCUCUCUAAUCACCCCACAGGAGCAGCCUGAAAACUUUAAAGCCCCUUUCUAUUUUGAGUUCCAAAGGGAACAAAAACUUUAAUUUUCAAUUUUGCUUCUUUUUUAUUAUAUUUUUUUUUAGUUUUUAAGUAGUCCAGAGGAUUUCUUAGGUUUGGUUUAUGCUUUAUGGCUUGGUUACCUUGCCUAUUGGUAAUGGAUUAGGUUUAAUUCUUUUCUUUU